GAUACAUAGGCUGGGCAAUACCAAUGAAUGUGAAGCAGGCACAGUCGGUGUUACUGAGGAAACUGACACUCUCCAGCCAGCGUUCUGUCAAAAUUGCCAAGAGACUGCCAACGCCAUCUGAUGCCACAGCCAAUACAAAAAGCCAGGGCUCAAAGGCAUAUGAGGAGAGCCAACCUAGAGUUAAACAAGCAAGUAUCAAAGUCCUCUGUUUGCUUCAGUGUCAGAAUGGUGGAGUGUGCGUACGAAAAGACCGUUGCCACUGUCCCCCAGGGUUCACUGGGAAAUUCUGUCAGAUCUCCACCCAGUCAGCCAGCAGCAGUAAGGUUCCCGACAGUUUCCCAACAGGAGAUCCGAAUCGACAACGUAAACCAAGAGUGGAAACUGUAUACACUCUCCCACUCUCCAACCAACAGCUUUCAAAUCAAACAGACCGACUGAUUCCGUCGAUCGUAAAUCUUCGAGUCCAGCAUCCUCCUGAAGUCUCAGUGAAGGUUCAUCAGGUCACCCAGGUGGUUGGAGAGAAACACACAAAUUCUGCUCAGCUCCACGUCCAGGAGCCAACGUCCCAGAGAGCACCACAGGAGCGACAGGGACCUCUCACUGCUGCUCCCCGAUUGGAUGCAGAGUCUGUGUUUGGAUACUGCUUCACUGAAAUCACGAGCGGACAGUGUGCUUCCCCACUGACCGGCCUGCGGACAGUUGAACGUUGCUGCCAAGGAGGUGGUGUUGGCUGGGGAGUGACCGAAUGCAUUCAAUGUCCCAUUACACCAGGAAAUGACUGCCCCCAUGGAUUUGAAAAAACUGCUGACGGGCAGUGUCAAGAUAUCGACGAGUGCUCCCUGCCAGGAAUCUGUCAAAAUGGAAAGUGUCUGAAUGUGAGAGGCAGUUACAGCUGUGUGUGUAGCCGAGGGUUUGUGCAGGAUACCUCUAAGAGCCGCUGCAUCUCGCAGCAGGUGAUCUCAUUAACCAAAGGACCUUGUUAUCGGAUUUGGAGGAGUGGAUCCUGUUCCCUGCCUGUGAGACAGAACAUCACGAAGCAGAUCUGCUGCUGCAGCCGAGUGGGGAAAGCUUGGGGAACGGAGUGCCAGAAGUGCCCAUCCCCACUCACAGAGGGAUUUCGGGAGAUUUGCCCUGCGGGUUCUGGAUAUCAUUACAUCCGGUCAGAUCUCCGCUUCAGUAACCGGGGACCAGGGGAGAGGGACUAUGGGAUCACCAAUGUGGAUCGAGCAUCACUGACCAGCACCUCAGCACCAUUUGUUCAGCCCACACAGGCUCCGGGGCUGAGAGAGACAGCAAGUACCGUCAGGACAUCGCCCACAACAGCAGCUGUGCCCAGGACCCACCGACCAGCUCCUGAGGUUCACAUCUGUCAUCGGAUGCCGCAGAUCUGUGGGCCAGGACACUGUGUGAUCCGCCAGCUUGGUUACACAUGUGCAUGUAACACUGGUUUCCAGUUGAACUUGGAGCGCUCGCAUUGUGUUGAUACUGACGAAUGUAGAGUGAGACCUCGGCCAUGCCUCAAUGGUCGAUGUGUGAACACAGUCGGCAGUUUCCAUUGUGCCUGUUCCAAGGGGUUUUCAGCCAAUUCCCACAGGACAGAUUGUGUCGAUAUCGAUGAGUGUCUGGAUAUAUCCACGUGUCCAAACGCAGAGUGUGUGAAUUCAGUUGGAUCAUUCCGCUGCCUGCCCUGUCCAACUGGCUACAGAAUCCAGAAUAGAAAGUGUUCAGAUAUUGAUGAGUGUGUAAAUGCUGCACCGUGUGGGAAUUCUGGAAGAUGUGUGAACACAGAGGGAUCGUACCAAUGUGACUGUAACCCUGGAUAUCGGCAAAGUGCUGAUGGCAAUCGAUGUGCAGAUAUCAACGAAUGUUUUGAGGGAGAUUUCUGUGCUCCAUACGGGGAAUGUUUGAAUAGUGUGGGAUCCUACACCUGCCUCUGUGCUGAGGGAUUCACUACUUCUGCUGAUCUCUCCACCUGUCUCGAUGUUGAUGAGUGCACACAGCCGGGUGUCUGUGAUCGUGGGAGCUGUACCAAUACAGUUGGGUCAUUUGAGUGUGUGUGUGAGCCUGGAUUCCUCGUUGAUGAAGAUCGAUCCCAGUGUUUUGAUCUUGAUGAGUGCACUGAAUAUCCAACCAUCUGUGGGAGCAAAAGAUGUGAGAAUAUUGCUGGCUCCUUCCAGUGUAUCACUGAUUGUAGUGAAGGAUUUGAGCUCAGCCCUGCUCAGGACUGCAUUGCGAUAGGAUACUUGACGAGACAUGCUCAGGGCCGAGGAUUGUAA